CUCCAUCAUAGCCCGACUUCCAACGAGAAUUGAGGGUGCUACAUUGAAGAGGAACAAAAAGGCGACCUGACAGCGGUGUUUUCUCUCCCUCCACUUUCUCCGGGGUAGUUACGGGAUUUCAAUGUUCAGCCUGAUCCUUGCUUUCUGUGUCGACUUCAGCCGUACCUAUAUGGCGUGUGUGACCGGGGAAUUCUGCCAGGCACAGCACCUCACCUCAGUGGAGAAGUGAAUCGGCCGCCCCUCGAGGGACUACGCUACCCAGAAACCUCCUUGACUGCCAGCACUUUAGGAACUGCUGAAGUUUUUUCCAAAAGGCCUCCCUUCCUCUCUGGGAUAUCGCGUAGUCCUUGGCCCGACUGCCCUGCCAAUACGAAAAAUAUUUGCUUUCCACUUUCUCCUUGAACAGCCAAUCACAACCAGCUCUCCUGAAUGGGCCGUCUCGCCAACAUGAACCGCCCUGCUGCAGUCGAGAUUAAACAUGAGUCUAUGAGGUUCCUUAUCACCCACAAUCCCACCAAUGCUACGCUCAACAAGUUUACCGAGGAGCUUAAAAAGUUCGAGGUAGACACGUUGGUGAGAGUUUGUGAUGCCACCUACGAUAAGGCUCCAGUGGAGAAGGAGGGCAUACAAGUCUUGGACUGGCCCUUCGAUGAUGGUGCCCCUCCUCCCACGCAGAUUGUGGACGACUGGCUGAAGCUGCUUAACACCAAGUUUCGAGAGCAACCCGGCUGCUGCGUCGCUGUGCAUUGUGUGGCAGGGCUGGGCAGAGCUCCAGUCUUGGUGGCCUUAGCCCUCAUUGAGGGAGGAAUGAAGUAUGAAGAUGCCGUGCAGUUCAUAAGGCAGAAGAGACGUGGAGCCUUCAACUCCAAACAGCUUCUUUACCUCGAGAAAUACAGACCCAAAAUGCGUCUGCGGUUCAAAGAUAACGGCCACAACUGCUGCGUGCAGUAGGCCGUCCGUCUGUGCGUCUGCUUUCAAUGCACAUCUAGUUCGGAAUCUUCCAACAAAGAGGAGAUAAUAACAAAAAAAAAAGAGUGCUAUCAGUAAUUG